UUUGACAGGGUAGACACGGACCGCAGUGGCCAUAUAUCAGCACAAGAACUACAGAAAGCAUUAUCAAAUGGAACAUGGACUGCUUUUAACCCUGAGACAAUUCGUCUGAUGAUAACCAUGUUUGAUAAAGACCACUCGGGUACCAUAACCUUCCAGGAGUUUGGUGCAUUGUGGAAGUACGUCACUGACUGGCAGAACACGUUCAAAGGCUAUGACAGGGAUGGCUCGGGAAACAUAGACAUGAAUGAACUUAAGCAUGCCCUCACAUCAUUCGGAUAUCGGUUAUCAGACAGGAUUUAUCACUUACUGAUUCGCAAGUUUGAUCGGAGUGGGAAAGGCUCAAUAGCUUUUGAUGAUUUCAUUCAAUGUUGCUGUGUUAUUCAGAGUUUGACCAAUUCAUUCCAGGCGUUUGACACGAACAGGAACGGAUGGAUCAUGAUCAAUUAUGAACAGUUCUUAUCAUUAGUGUUCAGCAUUGGGAAGUAGAUGGUAGUAGCAGUACUUAGUGAUAGAUCAUGUUGAAGCUGUUCAUUCUCUGCAGAGUACAGCUAUAGGCAAAUGAUAGAUUCUUGAUGCCCUGUUAGUGAAGUAAAUAGCAGUGACAUACAUUUAUGAUUUUGACAAUAUUUUGGGGGGACUGGGUCACUGGGGCAGACUCCUACUCAUACUCACCCCCCCCCCCCCACUCGAAAAAAAACACAACAAUAUAGAAUAAAUGAUUAACCAAAUGAGUGGAAGUAAUUUGAGAAUUUAGAAAUAACCCAAUCCACAAUGGGCAAAUACAAGAUUGGGGCAGUUGCCUUUUCCCCAAGUGAUAAAAAAAUUGAAAGGAACAAAAUGUUUUGUAAUGUAACUAUAGCCCCUGAUACACGUUGUCGGGUUUGAGGAUGCCCCCGACACCGGCUUUGAUGACGCCUUCACACUUUAAAUUUGGGUGGUGAUACAUUUACGCCAAAAGUGGCCUGAAGGCACCUUGAGAUUAUUAACCCCUUGAUACACAUGAGCCGGUCUCAGGUUGUCUAUUAACGUGACACAUGUUGGUUGACUUUUAUGUCGACUUUUUCUAUUGUUCGUUAGCAAUAACUAUUGUUCACUAUAUAUAGUUCAGUGGUCAAGCCGUCUUGGAGGUGAUACACAUACCGAUUGCAGGAUUGAAGGCGCCUUUAAACCACUUCCAAAGGUGAACUCAGUCCGAGGCGGUGUCCGCGUCCGUACGGCAAUCAAAAAGAGAGAGAGGUGAUACACAUAAGUCGAGCAGCCUUCUUCGACGCUGGCAUUCAGUCCACUUUCGGCAUAUAUGUAACACUGCCCUAUGACGUACCCCUUUACUUUAUCUAAAAAUAUCAAUUUAACAUACUUUUGGUUCAUCUCCCAUCCCUCAACAAAAUAUCAGGAUACCAAGUGGUCUCAGGAGUAUAUUGUACUGUUCAUGAAUAAGUUAUUUAAUACAUAUAUAUACAGCAUAUUGCUUUAGAAGGAAUGUCCUAGAUAACUUCUUGGGGUAGCCUACCUUACAACUCAGUAUAGUCCAGUUCGAAAUUUAACUGAAGAUAAUAUAUUUGAGAGUUUCAAAGGUAAUUGUGACUGAUUCUGCUAUCAUUAUCCCAUUCAUUUUUUAAACAGUCCCAGUUUAUAAUUGUUGGGCAAAAUAAUGUAAUUGUGUAAUAAAUAUAAUCUUGUCUUUGGACUCUCAUGCUAUUUAGCAGCAUAUUACAAAAAUUAUUGGUGCAUAUUAGGUAAUUAACAGGGAUUCAUGUUACCCAGUGAAAUAAAAAAACACAAUGAUACAAAGAACUCAUAUUUUUUAUUAUUUUCUGUGUAAUCUGUAAGCAUGUACGUCACUUAGCAUACUGUUCGUGAGAUGCAUAUUUUGGUUAUUGCCUCUCCUGUUUUUUUUUCAAUUUGUACUUGGUCAUUCAAUUCACAUGUAUGUAUAUAUUUUUGUAUAUCUGUUUGUAGAUUUGUUUUUUAUUUUAUUGUUUAUUUUGUUGAAGUGACAAAUGGUCAUUUAUAUAUAAAAGAGACAGGAAAGUCAAUUUUUAAAAGAUACCAUCAUCCAGCUUUGAUUCUCAAUUAUUUUUUUUUUCAAACUGACAUGAGGAUGAUGCUAGUGUGAUCUGCUUUUAUUUAUUUUCAUUGGCCCAUAGAGGUAAGGUAGAUAUCAAUCUGGCCUUGCUUUUCAAAUUGGCAACAAUCAUUAAUUUUCAAUACAUUUUUAUACUUAAAAAAACGAAAUAUGGAUAUGAGUCAAAUUGACAACAAUCAUUAAAUUUUCAGUACAUUUUCAUACUUUUGAAAAAAAAAUCAAAUAUGGAUGAGUCAAAUUGAUUUACAAUGGCAAAAUUAUAAUGAAACUUUGCUAAAUUUGCAUUUUCAAACAGUGAUUUUGAUAAUUGCCAAUGUAGAGUCAGGAAGAGCACUACAUACUGUACUGUAAAUUAGUCUUUAUCUUUAAUCAGAAAUUGUUUCUGUUAAUUGGACCCGAUGUGUGGUUUUUAGCAUUGCUAAAUAAAGAGAAUCUAAAACAAACAACAACAAAAAAAUAGAUUUUUUUUUCACUUGCAUGUAUGAGAGUAUGCUGCAUUGAAUUCAUCAGUACAAUGACAAACCAUGCAUGAUUGUAGUAUAUAUAGUACAUUGUGGCAUAAUCGUUAUUGCUGGAGAAUGUCAUUUUACUGCAUAGUUUAUUAAAAUGUGACAUACAGAUAGUGUUAAUUACUGAUGUUCUGUAUACAACAUGCUUUUUUUAGAAGACAUUGCCUUAAUCCAUUUCUCAAAUUCAAUUUUAACCCUAUUGUAACAUGUUACUAAGUAUUGCUUCUAAAUUUAAUUAAGUGAAGAGAAAAUAUCUUGUAAUUUACAUGUAUGUUGUCUUUGGACUGCACCUAUAUGUUCAUUCAAACCAGAUUACUUUAAUAUUGUAUAAGAUUUAAGUUGCAUAAAUCAUGUAAAUUUAAUUUUUAUUCUGUGAUUGUGUUGCCACACAUGUUCUGUUAAACUAGAAAAGUGUGCAUGUUUCCAGUUGUAACUGGUUUAAGUACUUUGAAAUAGUGUCUAGUUUUUAGCUCAUCCGGCCCGAAGGGCCAGAUGAGCUUAUGCCGUGGCGUGGCGUCUGUCGUCCGUCCACAAUUUCAAAAUGCUUCUUAGCCGUUUCAAGUCCGAUUUCAAUUCUGUUUGCUUUAUAUGAUAGCACUAGGUGGGGGAUUCAAAACUUCUACACAGAAUUUUGAAACUCAAUAAAUAUGCUAAUUCAUGCGCAUUUUUCAAAAUUCACAAAAAAUGCUUCUUCUUUAUUUGUUGACCGAUUUUGAAUUUUUUGCUUCCAUCUGGUAGAGCUUCAUGAGGUUCACCAAACUUCUACACAGAAUUUUGAAAUUUUGUCUAGAACAAUUUUUAUGCCAAUUUAUGCAUAUUUUUAAAAAUUCACAUAAAAUGCUUCUUCUCCUUUAUUUGUUGACCGAUUUUGAUUUUUUUUUUCUUCCAUCUGGUAGAGCUUCAUGAGGUUCACCAAACUUCGUUGCGAGAUGCUGGAUGAGCUCCACAUCAUUGAUGUGCUAGUUUAUUGUAAUAUUAAUUUUGUGUCAUUUUAGUUUGCCUGAAAAUUUAUCGGUAUUCAUACUUGUGUACCUAGCCCUAUCAUGAUUGAGUAUAUGCUGAUACUAUGCAUCUGUCUUUAUAUGUCAAUUUUUACAUUAUUUGCAUGAUGUGCAUGGUGUGAAUAAACUGCAUGAUGGCUACAAUGGUAUGUACAAUAUUACUCAAAAUAAUCUUGACAUGUUCAGGAAAUAUAUUGUCUAUUUUGGCUACUGAUUAGAUAUUGGGAUAAUAUGACUAAUAUGAGGGUAAUGUCAUAAAUAAUAUUGGGUAUGAUAUGGGCCCAUCUCAAGAACAAGGAAUUCCAUUUAUAGAUAUUGGGUAUUUUUCCAAGCAAUGUUAAUCCCACAUAUGGGAUUUUCUGUGUUGGUGAUCAUGAGUGUUGUUAGUUUUCAGCUAAUAUUUCAUGAUUUCACAAAGAUAAGUUAUGUUAAUGUACCAGAUUUAGAUCUAUGAUAAAUGGGUGACAAUUAACCUUGAUUUCAAAGACUUUCUCAUGAAAUAAUUGUUUGCCGCAACUACAUUCUUUUACCUUUAAUGUAUUUCUGCCUCUAAGCAGAUGAUAUAUAUCAUGGGUUUACUUCCACUUCGUCUAAUGCCAAUUUGUCCAAUUGCAAACUCGUCUACUAUCAUUUGGUCUACCAUCAGUUUGUCCACUCCCCACAUGGUCUACUUUCAUUCCGUCUAAUAACCAGUUGGUCCAAUAGCUAUUUAGUCCACAUACCAUUUGUUCUAAUUGGAAUUGUUGAAUUGUGCAAAAUGAAUGAAAAUGAAAUGGAUGUUAGACCAACUGGUUAUGAGACGCAAUGGUGAAUAGACAAAGUGAUGAUUGGACCAAAUGGUUGUUAGACGAAAUGUUGAUGCACGGAAUGGCAUUAGACUGAAUGAAAGUAGACCAUGUGGUGAGUGGAUGAGUUGGCAGAAGGCAAAUUGGCAAUUUACCUACUUUAUGUAGUUACAUAUCCUUGAAAGACAACUGAUAAAGCUACAGCUUAUUUGUGUUUUUAUCAUAUUGGACAGUCUUCAUUUUCAGCAUUAAUAUAAAUAUAUCAAAGCGGUACUUGUCCAAAUCGAAAUGAUGUUAAUAGAUCCUUAAGACUUGGAUUUCAAAAGCAAAACAUGAAAUUAUCAAAUCCUGAUAAGCAAUCAUGAGAAAGUUACAUCAUUUUGAAAUUUGCAUUGUGUCGUGGAAGGGUGAAAUUAAGUUGUACCCAAAUCAGUGUUGAUGAUCUCAUUGUUUCUGAAGAACAGUUCACAUAUUUCUGAUUUUCACUGAAUUACACUAUUUAUUCAAAAAUCAAUAUACAAUCCAUAAUUUUUCUUUAGGAAAUUUGCUCAUUGUCCUUUGAAAACAAAGAGAAGCAUACUGAAUUGUCAAGUAAAACAGGAAUGUAUGAAUAUACAUAAUUUCUACAAAAUAUUUUGACAAAAGCAUGUAAUUUUAGAUGUUGAUGUUGCUGGCUUUCCAUAGUUGCGAUUGAUCAGAUCAAUCACAACUCUUUGUAAGACGGGCCCCUUGUGUAUGGAUUAGUUGGUAAGCACGUGUUACGGGAGCUCCGAGCCAUAAAACAUUUCAGACUUUGUAACCGGAUAUUAUGUCUCUACAAGUAUUCAAAGGCAGUUAAUUCAUUCUGUCUGUUUUAAUUCUUACACUGCAGUUACAUUUCCCUUCCGGUGUACACACAGUGAGUUGAAAACGGCCGUUUUUGACUUGCCGUAUGGCCAUCGUAGGCGAAAUGUGACUGCGCAUUACUCGAUCUUUAUUCUUGUGAUUUUAUGUUGGCUAUUUAUGAAAAGACAUUAUCCUCAUAUAUAUAUUGCAGUUGAAGACAUGGAUUUAUUCUUUCUAGGUCUUUCAAAUUUCAAAACACAUGAUUUCAUAUUGAAGCCUUGUAUGAUAUUGUUUGUAUAGGGAAUGGUGAAUCUUAUACUUGUAUCUCAUGCAUGAAUUGUGUGAUUUGAAUAUAAUAAAUACAAAGAAUACUUUAUUAAA